AUGGAGUCAAACAAGAAACAACCCCCAGAGACAAACAAAAAUGGUACUGUUAAAGUUAAAAGUAAAGUACGAAAUAUAGCAAUAGCUCCAAAAUAUACAAAUAUAAAACCACAACCACUUCCCAAAAUUGCAAUAGCUCCGAAACCAGCACUAAAAAACAUUCAACCAAGUCAAACUACUACAGCUUCAAAGUUUAAUCCAAUACCUAAUGGGAAACUAUCACUUAAUAUGAAAUCGACAUUUAAUACAACUACACAACAACUAAAAAAACCAGAAGAAUUAAAUACUAGUAAGAAAUGGGUAUUACCACCUAGACCGAGACCAGGUCGAAAACCGACAAAUGAAGAUAAAACAAUUACAAGUACUAGUGCUAUUUCUACACCGAAGAAAAAACCGAAAAUAACUAAAAAAGAACAAUUGACUCCAAUACCUACUCCUCAACCAAAUAUUGAAAACAAAAUUCAACCACAAGCACCACCACCACCACCACCUCCUCCUCCUCCUCCUCCACCAUCUCAAAUUCAACUGUUACCAAAACCUCCUUCUUGUCCAGAUUGUAAACCAAUAACAACCAUAUCUCCAGUCAAAGAUCCAGAGAGUCAGAAAAUGGAUCUUAAAGUAUUAUAUUUAUCAAAAUUAAAAGAACAAGAACUAAUAAGGAACUACAUAGAGGUACUUACGAAUCAAAUUAAAGAAUUGAAUUUUGUACAAAAUGGAGUGAUCACAUUUGAUGCAUUAAAAACAAACAAUAAUUCCUACUACUAUAAUAAAAAACUACUAUCUUCAACAUCAACAAAGAAUGAUCAACUUGAAUCCAUAAACAACCUCAACGAUUUAAAUAAGUUUCUCAAUUAUAUUACUAAGAGCUCAAAUAUAAUUAAUUCAGCAACGAAGAGGAAUGAUUCCAGUAUAAAUAGUCAAAUUCAUGCUUGUGUGGACAUUCGAAAUAAAUUCAAACUACUAAAUAAAGAACAAGAAAACAAGAAAAGAAGCAUCAACUGUCCUAAAAAGAAAGAGGUUCCAAAUUAUAAAACUUCUAAUUUUUUAAUUCCAAUGAAUGAUUUUAUGGAUGUCGAAUUGCAAACGGCCACAAUUGAAGAAAGUCCAAAUAAUGCUAUGAGUGUGAAUGAUGUUGAUUUAUUCAUGGAUGAACAUGAUUUUUUAAAUAAAUUAGUGCUUGAAGAUCGAGAGAAGAAUAGCAGUAACUCAAAUUCAAUUGAAGAGGAGGAAAUGUUGGGAAAAGUUGAAAUACAUAAACCUGAAAGUGGACCCGAGACUGAAAAUCUACAGAUUCAAUAUCAACAACCACAACAAAUUUCUCCUCAACCUCCGAUACAACAAAUCAAGGAUAAUAUAGUUCGAAAGAAGUUGAAAUUUAAUUGUGGGUUUUGUACUAAUGAUACUCCUUGUUUAUGUUUUGAUACUGAUUUGAAAUAG